AUGUGCGGCAUCUUCUUCUCGCUCAGUCAGACUGGACACGUGAUACCUGACGCCAACACCCAGCGACUACUCCGGAAUAGAGGGCCAGACAGCACAGGGCAGCACCAGACCAUCAUCGAAUCCAGCGCCAAGGACGUCUCAACGCGUCUUCACGCGACUUUCCUGUCCACGGUUCUUGCUCUCCGCGGCAACGACAUCGUUGAGCAGCCACUUAGGGAUGAUACGACCGGCUCCGUCCUCUGCUGGAACGGCGAGGCAUGGAGCAUUGCCGGACAGGCAAUUGAUGGUAAUGACUCUAAGCUAGUCUUUACCAAACUUCUAGACGCAUGUACUGGAACGCGCGAGGCGUCUAUGCGACGUGUCAUCGAGCUGCUGUCAGUCGUGCGAGGCCCCUAUGCUCUCGUCUUUUACGAUGCAUCGCACCAAAGAAUCUACUACGGACGCGACUGCCUAGGAAGGCGAUCGCUGCUCCAAAAGUCUACUCUUGAUGGCACCCUUGUACUCUCUAGCGUGUGCGAUAAUGCCUCUGGUGAGUCUUGGGCUGAGGUGGAAGCCGAUGGUAUCUAUGUUGUAGACGUAGAGCUGGCAGACCCAACGUCAGACUCGUUCCCAGUAACGAGAGUUCCGCAUCGCCGCUCAGAUCAAGAAGAGGACUCUGAGUUGUCUUUCACUCUGCCGUUUCCAGCUAUGAACCAGACUAUCGACAGUAACCCUGCUUCACAGGAUGCUGGGGCAGUAGAACAGCUAAGGGCGGCGUUGGAAAGAUCACUUCAACUGCGCACUCAACACAUACGUGAGGCAGUGACUGGAGAAUCAAAGCUUGGAGUUUCGGGGGAAACACGCGUAGCCGUUCUUUUCUCUGGUGGCCUGGACUGCACAAUCCUCGCGCGCAUGUGUCACGACCAAGUACCACUAAGCGAACCUGUCGACCUACUCAAUGUCGCGUUUGAGAAUCCUCGAAUUCACUCCAAUCUCGAGCCAGACGCCAGUCCCUACGAGCUCUGUCCCGACCGUGUCACUGGACGAUCAUCCCUUGCAGAGCUGGCAGAGAUCUGUCCUGGACGUGAGUGGCGUUUCGUCGAGGUCAACGUACCCUACACCGAGACACAAGCUCAUCGCAGCACCGUCAUGGCAUUGAUGCAUCCCCACAACACAGAAAUGGAUCUGUCCAUAUCAUAUGCACUUUACUUCGCUUCCCGCGGAGUCGGCUUGUCGCACGUUGUGGGCAAGGCUAAAGCUGAGCCCUACUCCACUACCGCGCACGUACUUCUUUCCGGACUCGGUGCUGAUGAGCUCUUCGGUGGGUACCAACGACACGCUACAGCCUUUGCUCGGCGCGGAUACCCUGGCCUAAUCGAAGAGCUUGAACUCGACUUCAGUCGUCUGGGAAAGAGAAACUUGGGUCGUGAUGAUCGCGUGAUCAGCAACAGCAGUAGAGAAGUCCGAUUUCCUUUCCUGGACGAAGACUUCAUAGCAUUAACCCUCCGUCUUCCGGUGACGUCCAAAUGCGAUUUCGGCCUGGAGCAAAUCACCGAUAGCGAAGACCCUGCACGGCUGCUCGAGCCUGGGAAGCGGGCACUUCGUUUGUUGGCAUGGCACUUGGGCAUGAAAAGAGUAGCUGCAGAGAAGAAGCGUGCGAUACAAUUCGGCGCUCGCACUGCCAAAAUGGAGACGGGCAAGACGAAAGGCACGCAUGUUCUAAGUCAAUAA